AUAAUUUUGAUAUUAUUAAUUUAUUGAACAAAAAAGAAGAUUCAGGUGAUGUAGAAGGAGAAUAUUCGGAUGAUGAGGAGAGUGAAAUGUUAAAACCGUUUUCCAGCCAAGACCUCGAUGAGGAAAUUGAAAAAGGGCGUGCAGCAAAAGCCCAACUGGGUUUAUGGGAUAGCUUUAUGGAGGUGCGCAUCAAACUUCAGAAAGCGCUUUCAACAACUAAUCAAAUACCCCAGUACGAUACAUUCCCACCAAUCAGAGCAGUUGGUGGCAAAGACUUAAACCAAGCACAAAACAAAGCAAAGGGAGAAUUAAAAAGUUUAUUAGACACACUUCUGGACCUCCAAGAAAUACUUUUAGUGCAAAAUCCUGAGAGCAAACAUGUGAUUCAGGGUGGAAAACCCCAACCUACAGCUGAUGAUGAUGAUGAAGAAAUUCCAAGUGAUGAGGAGGAAAUUCCAAGUGAGGAUGAAGAUGUACAGAUUACCAAAGAGAAUGAUCAGGAGGAUGUGUCAAGUAUGGAAGAUGAUGGAACAAAUGUACCGCCCUCUAAAAGAGAGAAAAGAAAACUGCAGAAUUAUGAAGAAAUUGUUGCAAAAAGGCAUAAAAACUUCCAUGAAUUCAGAAAUAUGACGUUACAGAAAUGGCAUGAUAAAACAAAGAUAGCCUCAGGGAAGAUAAAUAGCAAA